CAGCGGACACCUCUCUCUCCCUGCUUCAACAUUAAUAACAGCUCCUCCGGAAACGUGCUCGCAUUUAAAGCAGCCCAUUUUUGGAGCGCUUCCAUUUGGGUCUGAGCGCACUCUACACGCGGGCUCCUGGAGGCGGAACUGCUGCUCCCGUCGCGCGCGCUGUCCAGUGCUGAAGUUGUAUUUCGUCUGUACGGAACGGCUCGUGAACAGCUGAAGCGCCGGAGCUUCCGCGUCUUUCCCCACUCUCAGGUGUUUCACUUUCAGCCCUGCUGGACCAACUCUUCUAUUUUGCUGUGGAUAAAGCGAGGAUAACGUGCUGGAAGAGGCUUUCCGCUCUGCGCUCUAAACAUGCCAAGGUCUUUUUUGGUGAAAAAGGUGAAGCUAGAUGAUUUCUCAUCCGCUGAACUUGAGAGCGCGUACGGCAGGUCCAGGACCGAUCUUAGCUUUCGGAUACACGACAAAGGCUACAUCAGUGACUACAUCUCCCCAUCCGUUUAUGAUGGAGAAAUUGACGGUGGCACUAAAGUACCUUCUCCAGGACCGAUUUAUGACAGCAACCACAGUGACUAUGGGGCACCUGACUCGGACCAGCCUGACAGCCCACAGUCAGAGAUCACGUCCGGGUACAUCAAUGGCGACAACGCAGUGAGCGAAGGUUACACUGUGGAUGCGUUCUUCAUCACAGACGGCAGGUCCCGUCGGAAAGUGCUCGGUGGCUCGCCGACCCUCCAGCGGCACACGUGCAACGAAUGUGGCAAAACCUACGCGACGUCUUCCAACCUGAGCAGGCACAAACAGACACACCGGAGCCUGGACAGCAAGAUGGCCAAAAAGUGCCCGACAUGUGGGAAAGCCUACGUGUCCAUGCCAGCCCUGGCCAUGCACCUGCUUACCCAUGACCUCAAGCACAAGUGUGACAUAUGUGGGAAAGCGUUCAGCAGACCUUGGCUACUGCAGGGCCACAUGCGCUCUCACACGGGCGAGAAGCCCUUUGGAUGUGCACACUGUGGAAAAGCGUUCGCUGACCGUUCCAACCUGCGGGCGCACAUGCAGACCCACUCCGCAUUUAAGCAUUUCAAAUGCAAGCGAUGCAACAAAACUUUCGCGCUCAAGUCCUACCUGAACAAGCACUACGAGUCGGCGUGCUUUAAAGGCGCGUUCUCGCCGCUUGCGUCCGUCGAGUCGUGACUUCCGGUCUGUAAGUGCUCACUCCCCCCUCAAAUGUUAGGAUGAUUACACUAUCUUACCCAGUUAUGUCUCACAAUCAAAAUUA